AUGUAUGUGAAAUGCUUUGAUACAGUAAUGUUUUACGAUGCGAUUUUAGUGAAUGUCACUUUUUGUCAUUUUCAAAUUUCCCGCCAGUUCCGUCCCCCGUAUGUCCCGACGCUCUCAGGGGACGGAACCCAGAUGACAGAUGCCGGCAUUUGCCGGAUUACAUUGCCGGGGACAACUGCAGGAGGGACAUUAGUGAUCGAGGGAUCCCGGAGCAGCGCCGCAUGGUAUUCCCGAGUGUAGGUCGGGGUUACCGCUUGUGCUACACUCAGGAAUACCGCCAGGGAGGUUA